AUUAGAGUUAGCUCUUAGAAUUUGUGAUUAAUCCUCGAGGUCAUGAGCUAAAAUUUCAAAAAAAACCCAAAAAAAAGUUGCCAAAACUUGUCCAUUUUUUCAAGCAAAUGAUUUUUCUUUAUCUUAUUGAUUGGGUAAAGGAAAAGUGAUAGAACUCUCGAAUUUUUAGCCCAACAUAUUUGCAGACACGUUAUAACUGCUGCUGGCGAUUGAAGCGUGAGAUUCAAAUUUCUUCCAAAGAUGGCGGUUUGAUUAUAAAAAUCCUUCAUGGAAUUUACCAACUUUUUUUAUUUCCUUGAAAGUUAGAUUUUUUUUUCUUUAUUUUGUUUUAUUUACAGUCUGACAGAUGAUGUUUCUUUCUUUCUUCAAUGCCAAGAAUCAGAUGUGCCCCCCCACUUCGAGCUUUUGGACACUUAGACACGUACACGCACCGCCGUUGAUACGAGCACCCGAAUUCGGGUAACAUACUAUGAUGAUGUCAUUUACUCAAGUGGGGCAGACUUGACGAUAACAGCUUGAAGUGGAUAACCAUCAUUUGUGGUGGGAGAUGGGGAUCCUCUAAUAAAUUCCUGGAUUUGAUUUCUGGAGGGCAAUCUGCUUAUGGGUUUUGAAGGACAGAAAUGGAUGACGUGUUUACCAGGAUCUUGGAUUUGACAUCUUACCUAAGCAGUCCACUACUUCACGUACUUGAGGAUUUGUUCUUCGGAAUCUUUUAUGGAGAGUAUUCAAGUUCUGUGAGUUAUCAUGAGCGAAGAUCUGAUUUUGGAGAUUGUUCAUCAUCUUCUAAACAUAAUCUUGCCAUAUAUAGAGGAAUACAGAGUAGAGCUCUAAAUGACAAAGAGCCAUUUUGUGUAAAUACAAGUACAGAAACAGAAACAGAAGCCGAAACAGGACAGAAUCAUGGAGGAAUUCCCAUUGUUUUUAAAGGGUUGAUUCUUCAAUUAUGUGGGUCGAGAGUUUUUCAGAGAUUAGCAUUGGCUUCUUGGAGAUGUUUUCUAGCGUAUUGCAGAUUUAUAAUGGAACGAGUUAAAAGCACCAUAUCCCGAGUAAAGAAGGGAGUGCGUGGAUCAACUGAUGAUAUAGGCUGGUUGCAACGCACUCCUGGCAUGCCUCCUGUUAAAGAUGGAACAACUAGAUUCUUGGAACUGCUUCAGGAUGUCAGGAAUGGGAAUCAUACGCUGCCUGAUUCAUUUGUAUACCUUCUUAUACCAGGCCUUUUUAGUAAUCAUAGCCCCUUGUACUUUGUUUCCACCAAGAAAUUCUUUUCAAAGAUGGGACUCGCUUGCCACAUUGCCAAGAUUCACAGCGAGGCCUCAGUGGAGCACAAUGCAUGGGUGUUGAAACAUUAUGUUGAAGAGCUUUACUGGGGAUCUGGAAAGCGUGUGAUGCUUUUUGGUCACAGCAAAGGUGGAGUUGAUGCAGCAGCUGCACUUUCAAUAUAUUGGAAAGACUUGCAAGGAAAGGUUGCAGGGUUGGCCCUUGUGCAGAGUCCGUAUGGUGGAACUCCCAUUGCAUCUGAUGUGCUUCGUGAAGGCCAGGUUGCCGACAAGAAAGCUAGGAGAGUUAUGGAGCUUGUAAUUUGCAAAUUGAUUAAGGGAGACUUUCAGGCUCUGGAGGAUCUGACAUAUGAGAGAAGGAAAGAUUUCAUCCUAAAGCAUAAACUUCCAGAAGAAAUUCCACUAAUCUCUUUCCAUUCAGAAGCAAAUAUUGCUCUAAGUGUUGUUGCUACAUUGACUCAAAUAGCCCAUGCCGAGCUCCCAUGGUUACCUCUUCCAACACUAUAUGGUGUGCCGUCUGAUGACUACUACGUCCAACCAUCACGGAGAGUGCCUGUAGUGAUUCCUGCAUCAGCAGCCAUGGCUGUUACUGCUCUCCACCUUAUAUUAAGGUACGGAGAAAAGAGUGAUGGGCUUGUUACAUGCCGUGAUGCUGAAGUUCCCGGUUCUGUAGUGAUUAGGCCUGAUAAGAAGCUUGAUCAUGCCUGGAUGGUUCACUCUUCUUGGAACAGGAAUCCUACUGAGCCUGAUUGCAAUCAAAUGUGUGAAGCUAUUUUGACCUUGCUUGUAGAACUUGAUGACAUAAAAAGAGCAGGCAAGGGGAAGAAGAAAGGAGUUUAAUGACAAAGAAUAAUGAUACUAGUAUAGAUUUGUUUGAUUUCAAUUGUAUGUUAUAUGUUUUUGUUAAGGCUUGGUUUGGUGUUGGUCUAGGUCUAAUAGAAUGACCGCCCAAAAGGGAAAAUAUUUUUAAUUCGUUUUUCUUCCUCUAUGCCUCUGAACCAGGGCUGUCAAAUCGGCUCAUCUGUUAGUUACAUAUUAGGUGAAAUCGGUUUUGAUAUAAUCGGACAAUAUUUUGUACGGGGUUAUUGUUCUCAUGCGGAUUGAAUAUAUGAAUUUUAUUUUUCGGGUCA